ACUUGUUCCACUGAACACAAAGGUAGAAAGAAAAGCGCAGAGCAGAGAAGAGAGAGAGAGAGAGAGAAAGAUAAUGGGGGGUUGGGCUAUAGCGGUGCAUGGUGGCGCUGGUGUGGACCCUAAUCUCCCACCUCAGCGCCAGGAAGAAGCGAAGCAACUCCUUGCUCGCUGUCUCAAUCUUGGCAUCUCUGCUCUUCGUUCCAAUGCUUGUGCAAUUGAUGUCGUUGAACUUGUCGUGAGGGAACUGGAAACGGAUCCCCUGUUCAAUUCUGGUCGUGGAUCUUCCCUGACAGCAAAGGGAACAGUGGAAAUGGAGGCUAGCAUAAUGGAUGGUACCAAGAGAAGAUGCGGUGCCGUAUCGGGCCUUACCACCGUGAAAAACCCCAUUUCACUCGCUCGGCUAGUCAUGGACAAGUCACCACAUUCCUACCUUGCCUUCUCCGGCGCUGAAGACUUCGCCAGACAACAGGGCGUGGAGGUUGUGGAGAAUGAAUAUUUCAUCACUGCUGAUAAUGUUGGCAUGCUAAAACUGGCGAAGGAAGCAAAUACAAUUCUGUUUGAUUAUAGGAUCCCUACAAAUGGGUACGACUCGUGCGGCGCUGGAGUUGAAAGUCCACUUCAAAUGAAUGGACUGCCAAUCUCCGUGUACGCGCCGGAGACGGUUGGGUGCGUGGUGGUGGACAGCGAGGGAAGAUGUGCGGCUGCCACGUCGACAGGAGGACUGAUGAACAAAAUGAGCGGUCGGAUUGGUGACUCACCCCUCAUAGGGUGUGGCACGUACGCGUGUGAGGUUUGUGGGGUCUCAUGCACUGGUGAGGGUGAGGCUAUCAUACGCGCGACUCUGGCGCGUGAGGUGGCGGCUGUCAUGGAGUACAAAGGCCUGGGUCUUCAACAGGCAGUGAACUUUGUCAUCAAGCACCGACUCGAUGAAGGGAUGGCUGGGCUUAUUGCUGUGUCUAACACCGGUGAAGUGGCUUAUGGGUUCAACUGUAAUGGCAUGUUCAGAGGGUGUGCCACUGAGGAUGGGUUCAUGGAGGUGGGAAUCUGGGAGUAAAUGUUGCCUUGAGUUGAUGUUUUUCUUAAUAAGGGUUGGGCCUGUCAGUGGUCACUAGGUUGUUUCUCUUCUAAAAUUAGCUACUUUCUGUUUUUUCACUGGUAGAAAUGUCAAAUAACUAGAUGUUUCUCUUUUUUUAUUCCAAAUAAAACAAAAGGCCCGUGUCCCAUCCAAACACACCUCUUGCUUUUCUA